UGUUGUAGAGCCAAAGACAAGCGGAGGGAUGAGCGUGAGGCACAAAUUCCUCUAAAAAUCAUUGGCUGUUGAUAUGUUUCAUUAGUGUAGGACAUAUUUUGGAUACAAACUGCGUUUUCUAAAAUAUGACAUUGGCUCUGUUGGUUAUCAAGCAGUUCUAAAAGCAGAAAGUGGUUGGCGUCGGUUGGUUCUGGACGAAGGCCGAGGUUGACGCGAUCCAGGAGGGGAUUUGAGGCCGAGGGAACCUUUACGAAAAAGUGAAUUAGGGCGGAGGAACCUUCAGAAGAUAGUGAAUGAAGGCAGAGGGACCUUCAGGGGAUAGUGACACUUCCUUCAUCCUGUGUUCAUACUCUCAUUUUGGUCAACCUCCGAUUAAGGGUUCUUCUAACAGGCCCCCAAGAUUCUGGAUCUUGGUCUUGGCCCAGGAGACCUCUAGACCCAAGGGCUUCACCUCAUUGCUGAAUGAAUCAAGAAUCGCCACCACUGAUUCCAGAUAGGAUAGCAACACCGUCAGCAAAUUCAAGGUGUGACAUGCCAAAACGCAAGCGACUGUCUGAUGGGGAGGAAGGGGAGUCUACUGUUGCUACUCCAGUUGUAGAAGGGAGACCCAAGAGACGUCGAAAUGAUACAACACUGGUUGAUACAAUACAGUACAUUUUUGAUGCAUUACGUAACAAAAAGAAAGACGACGAUGUAUACCUAUGCGAAGCAUUUCUUCGAGUGCCUAGGAAGAAAACAGAACCACAGUAUUAUGAGAUGAUUAGGUCUCCAAUAGACAUGCUGAAGAUCCAGCAAAAGAUAAAGACGGAUGUGUACAAUGAACUUGAGGAAUUUUGUAAAGAUGUCCAACUACUGGUGGAUAAUGCCAAACUAUAUUAUGCCAAGUCUACUGAUGAGUACAAAGAUGCUUGUGAGCUAUGGACAAUAUUCGAGGAGGCCAAAGAUCGUGCACCUGAAGAGAUCAAUAAGGAAAAAUUACGUCAGCAGUCCCAAGAAGAAGACGAACGACAAGGCAAAAGGAAAUACAUUCUACAGAGGGGAAGACCACCAAAGUCUGCAAUUGCAUUGUCUGCCCCAAUGAUAUUAGAAGAGGAUGGUGAGCCUAUGACAAUAGAAAAUGCUAUUGAAGAGCUUUUUGGAGCAGUGAUGACAGCUAUGGAUCCUGAUGGAAGACUCUACUCCUAUGAUUUUCGUCUUUUACCUUCAAGAGAGAAAUAUCCAGAUUACUACCAGUACAUUGACAACCCAAUUGACUUGAAGACUAUUGCACAAAAUAUUCAAGCUGGCAUCUACAAGAGCCUUGAUGAUUUACAUGAAGAUUUUAAUCUGAUGUUCAAUAAUGCAUGUGUUUUUAAUGAACCUGGGUCACGCAUUUUCAAAGAUGCAAGAACGCUCAAGAAAUUAGUUCAGUUGAGAAAAGGUGACCUAUUACAAAUUCUAAAUGCAAAGAAGAGUGUCCGAUUAAGGUAUGUAUUUAAUAGUUUUUAAGUAUC